UCUGGAACACGGAACUUGUUACUCGUCCAUCUCUAACACAAGGGGUAUAAGAGAUUCUCACUCCCCGCGGCCUAGGGUUUUAGAGCCGGUGCUGCAAACAGGGUCUCUCUCUCUCUCUCUAUCUCUCCAUAUACACAUACCUACACAUACAUCCCUCUCUCUCACGCGUUGGCCGACAAUAAUGGCGACCUCGACCGACGCUCAGGUCGUCAAGUCUCUCAACACUUCCUCCGGCCGCCGCCGUUUUGUGUUCAAGACCUUCUCUCAAAGAGUUGAGGAUAUCGAUAUUGAUGUUUAUCGGAGUCUUCAUCCUCUCGAUUCUGAGCCUUCUCCGGGUUCCACCUUUUUUAGGGAUUGUCUCGUCGAAUGGAGGGAACUAAAUACAGCAGAGGACUUCAUAUCAUUUUAUGAGGAAAUGUUACCGCUUGUACAAACUCUACCCCAGAUUAUAUUGCAGAAGAAAUUGAUUUUUUCAAAACUUCUGUCAAGACUGCAACUUAAAGCAAGACUGUCACUUGAGCCCAUACUCAGGAUGAUUGCAGCACUUUCUAGGGAUCUCGUGCAGGACUUUAUACCCUUUCUCCAAACAAUUGCUAAUUCUUUAGUAUCUCUUCUCAAGAGUGGUGCAGACAGGGAUCCAGAAAUAAUCGAGCAGAUAUUUACGUCCUGGUCAUAUAUUAUGAUGCAUCUGCAAAAGUUUCUUGUACGCGAUGUUGUUUUUGUUCUCAAAAUUACAGUGAAACUGAGGUAUUAUCCAAAAGAUUACAUUCAAGAAUUCAUGGCUGAAUCAGUAUCAUUCUUGUUGAGGAAUGCUCAAGAUAAGCAGCUUGGAAAAGGUAUACAAGAGGUUAUGCUUGAAGUUGUGAAGAAACCCUUAGAGAUGAGAACAUCUGGUGCUAGUGCCAUACUGUUCUAUAUAAUGAGAGGAACUUCAUCGAAUUUGCAUUCAAGGGCGAAGAAAGUAAUUAAGACAUUAUUGGACGAGUCAAUAUAUACCAUUGGUGAUGGAUUAUCUAAAGACUCGGGCAUCGCAGUCGAAGUUGUUAGUGCAACCUUUCAUAGACUAUGUGAAGUGUUGGAGCCUGCAGAGUUGGAAGUAGUUUGGGAUUCUAUGAAUGUUGAAAUAUGGGCAGCUCUCGGAAGCAUGAGUCAAUACUCAUUGCACCUCAGCUGUCUCUUGUCUGUGCUUGUAUCUACACUUCAAAGGAACUACAUAAGAAAACUUUCAGAUUACGAACCACUGUUGAAGCUAGUUGCCGUACUGAUGGAUACUUUUUUGGUCGAGGCGAAGGAACAAUCAUCUGAAAUUAUUGGUAAAAUUAUACAAUUAAUGCUAUGCAUUCUUGACGGUCUUCAUUCCACUUGCAAUAUGGUAGCCAUUGUCAGAGUGUCACAGGAAUGGGCUCCAGCAUUCGAAUCAAGGAACCCUAGUUUGUUGACAUUUAUCAAGCAGCUUCUGUCAAGAAAUAAGGGGCUUUUGCAUGCCUUUGGAGUCAAUAUAAUUAAGGCACUAAAUGAUUCAGUUGAAGCUUCUGAAGAAGAAGUUGUAUAUAUGUUACUUAUAUUCUUUGAUAAAUUGGAAGAGCUGUGCUCUAGUUUAUUACAUGGGACAUCCAGUGAAAGGCUCUCGAACGUCCUUAAUUUCUCUCAGAAAAUUAUCAGAAACUGGGUUGAGGCAGUUAAUGAUAAUUUACAUGGGAACCCGUCGUGUAUUCAGUUUCAGGAAAAUAAGCUGGCAAUGCUGUAUGGAGUUGUUAGGAGCUUCCCUUAUGUAAUCGAUGUCCAGUCAAAUACAACUUUGCUAAUGGACCUGGUAGAUGCACUUGAUCAGCUUCUUUUAACCGAUUCUGGGUACAUUGCAGGAUUUACUAAAAAUACUUGGACAAGCCUAAUUGGUUGCUGUUUGGCUUCAUAUAUCAAAUUACAUACUCUUCGCAAGUUAUGCUAUAAUGAAGAUUCAAUUGGCAAGUUCUUAAAUCUUGCAAAAAGAUACAAAAGUUCUUCUCAGGUUUUGUUGGCUGUAGCUGAUUUCUUGGACUCAAUAGACAAGUCAACCACUCUGGUACACGCCGAUUCAAGUAAACUCUCCCCGGAGUUGAGAUCUGAGAAGGCUGUAGAUGCACUGGCUGUAUUUGCUGAAAACUUGUGCCACCCAGACAAACAGAUUCGAGUCUCUACUUUGAGAAUAUUGUGCCACUAUGAAUCACUAGCAUCUGAUAAUAUUGCGAGAGAUCGUCCUGCCAAGAAAAUGAAAGUGGAUGAUUCUCAGACUCUUUGUGAGGGUGAACAUGAUAGUAAUGUUCUUCACCAUCUACGUUCCAUUGAAGAAACUUCUCUGUCAAUUACCAGUAGCAGACAGGUUAUAUUACAUAUAUCCAAAAUACAAAUGGAUCUCAUAGCUGCAAAGAUACUUGAACCAUACAUUCCAGUUCUUCUGUAUGGAACUAUUGGCAUAUUCCACAACCGAUUCAGCUACUUGUGGAAUCCGGCUAUUGAGUGUCUUGCUGAGCUGAUACGUCGUUAUGCUGGGAUUGUGUGGGAAAGAUAUAUCAAAUAUCUUGAUGGAUGUCAGUCUAUCUUUAUAACAUGUCAUGAUCAGUCGGGGAAAAGCAUUCUUGAUUCGUCUUGUGAAUCACAUGAUUUGAUUACUCACUUCAAAUCAUUUCUUUGUCCACAAUCUGAUGGGACGCCUUCUGGGACUAUCCUGCCCCUUCUGAUUCAGUCUCUGCAAAAAGUUAUUGACAUUUCAGAAGCUCGGACUCGUCAAAUUAUACCUUUGUUUCUAAAAUUUUUAGGCUACAAUUGUGAUAAUCUCGUGAGUGUACAAUCACAUGAGUCACAAAUUACCAUGGGAAAAGAAUGGAAGAUCAUUCUUGGGGAAUGGUUGAAUUUGUUGAAAAUGAUGCGGAGUCCAAAGUCUUUCUAUCUUGGUCAAUUUCUAAAGGAUGUUCUUGUAUACAGGCUCUUGGAUUCAAAUGAUGCUGAAUUGCAACUGAGGGUUCUCGAUUGUAUCAUUAACUGGAAAGAUGAAUUCUUACAGCCUUAUGCACAACACCUGAGAAAUCUUAUAAAUUCAAAACAAUUUAGGGAGGAACUUACUACGUGGAGUUUAUCCAGAGAAUCCCAUCUUAUUGAUGAACAACACAGAUCUCAAGUUGUACCUUUAGUGUUACGAGUUCUUAUACCAAAAGUUCGAAAUUCGAAGACACUUUCCUCCCGAAAGCAUGCGAGCAUGCAUCUACGGAAGGCAGUUCUUGGUUUCAUAGCUGAGCUAGACAUAAAAGAGCUUCCUCUCUUUUAUGCCUUGUUACUAAAACCUCUACAAAUUAUUUCACAUGGCAACAAUGUCAUUGAUGAGUGGUUGCGGAUUUCAUCUGAGUGUUCCGUUGUCGAGUUUGAUUCAAGCAGUAUACUGAAGCAAUUCACAGUGGCUAACAUAAGGGCCCUCCCUUGGAAAAAGAUAUAUGGUUUUCUAUACGUUGUUGAAGAUAUUUUUCAAGUUUUUGAUAUAUUUCAUAUAAAACCUUUCCUUGAUCUGCUGAUGGGAUGUGUUGUUCGAAUGCUGACAAGUUUCUCAUCAAGUCUUCUCUGCGCAAAGAGUGGUAUAUCUCAGGUUGAAAAUGAUUGUGUCCUUGAUGCGAGUGAAGAAGUUUCUGAAGCUGAAACACAAAGCACGACUUCCAGGGAUGUUGAACAGCUAAAAAGUCUGAGAUCUUUGUGCCUGAAAAUCCUUUCUUUUGUUCUCACUAAAUAUAGUGAUCAUGAUUUUCAUAGUGAUUUCUGGGACCUUUUUUUUGCCUCAGUGAAGCCUUUGAUUGACGGUUUCAAGCAAGAAGCCUCCAGCAGUGAGAAGCCCAGUGCACUUUUUUCUUGCUUUAUAGCAAUGAGCAGGAGCAGAAAACUUGUAUCACUCUUGAGUAGAGAGAAAAAUCUCCUGUCUGAUAUUUUUUCGAUUCUAACGGUCUCAACUGCAUCGGAAGCCAUUGUAUCUUGUGUUCUUAAGUUUGUUGAAAACUUGUUGAAACUUGAUGAGCAGGAAAGUGAUGAUAAUGCCAUUAAAACCAUAUUGCUUCCCAGCAUUGACACACUAGUAUGCAGCUUGCAUUGUCUUUUCACACGUACUAAGGGAGGAAAAAGGAAAUCUAUAAGAUGUCCUGGGGAACAAGAGCUCAAUGUAUUCAGGUUAUUAUCAAAAUAUAUAAAAGAUCCUUCAACAGCGGGGACAUUUGUUGAUGUACUGCUCCCGCUUCUGACGAAGAAACCCUGUAACACUGAUGAACUGGUUGAGAUUUUGCAUGUGAUACAACAUAUAGUGCAAGUAUCAGGGAGCGGAACUUCCUCAAAGAUUGUUAAUUCGAUUUCGCCAUUGCUUAUUUCUGCUGGUCCUGAUAUUCGGUUGUGUAUAUGUGAUCUCCUUGAAACAGUAUCUCACAAUGACCCUUCUACACUCACUGUGGCAAACCUUCUCCGUGAAUUGAAUGCAACCUCUACGUCAGAGAUUGGUGGUCUUGAUUAUGACACAAUUAUUGGUGCAUAUGAUAAGAUAAAUAUUGAAUUUUUCUUUGAUGUACCAGAGGAGCAUGCACUAGUCAUUUUGUCUCAUUUCGUACAUGACAUGUCUUCUGAAGAAUUGAUUUUGAGGCAAAGUGCAUACAGAUUACUGCUUUUGUUUGUUGAGUUUUGUGGCCGGAUUCUAGAUGAAGAGGCAAAGUCAGAGAAAGAAGGACGUUGGUCUAGUGCAUGCAUUCAACAAAUCAUCAACAAAUUCCUAUUAAAGCAUAUGGGGGAUGCGAUGAAUAAAGAAGCUGCUGUUCAGAAGGUUUGGAUUGACCUACUAAAAGAAAUGGUGUUAAGGCUAUCAAAGGUGCAAAUCUUGAAAUCAUAUCAGGCUCUAUGCAGCAAAGAUGCUGAACAGGAUUUUUUUAACAACAUCGUCCAUAUGCAGAAGCACCGACGAGCUAGAGCUUUAUCUAGAUUUAGCAGUGUGGUCAGUUCUGGUAAUCUGUCAGAGGUUAUUACAACAAAAGUGUUUGUUCCCCUCCUCUUCAAUACUUUAUUUAAUGUUCAAGAUGGGAAAGGAGAGCAUCUCAGAAGUGCAUCAAUAGAGGCUCUAGCAUCCAUAUCUGGUUGUAUGGACUGGAAAGCAUAUUAUGAAUUACUUAACAGAUGCUUUAAGGAAAUGACUUUAAAACCUGACAAGCAAAAAUUGUUGUUGCGGCUUAUAUCAUCUCUCCUUGACCACUUCCAUUUUCGGGAAACUAAUUCUAGCUUCGAGGUUAAAGAUUCAGUUUCUGGUGCACUUAUCACUCCUGUUGAGCUUUCUGAGAUACAAACAUGGCUUUACAAAAAGUUGCUUCCUAAGGUACAGAAGAUACUAAGAGCAGAUUCUGACAACGUCAACGUGAACAUUAAUCUGGUUGCUUUGAAAUUGUUAAAAUUGCUUCCUGCAGAAAUCAUGGAGUUGCAGCUUUCUAACAUUAUUCAUCGACUUUCGAACUUCUUAAAGAGUCGUUUGGAAAGCAUUCGUGAUGAGGCCAGAUCUGCUAUAACAGCCUGUUUAAAGGAAUUGGGUCUGGAAUACUUGCAAUUUAUUGUCAAAGUCCUGAGAGCCACGUUGAAAAGAGGAUUUGAAAUGCAUGUACUUGGUUACACUCUCAAUUUUGUCUUAUCACGGUGUCUUUCGGGUUCUGUUUGCGGGAAAAUAGAUUAUUGUUUGGAGGAACUUCUUUCCAUUGCAGAGAAUGAUAUUCUUGGUGAUGUUUCUGAUGAAAAAGAGGUGGAAAAGAUUGCUUCAAAAAUGAAAGAGACUAGGAAGAACAAGUCAUUUGAAACUUUAAAAUUGAUUGCCCAAAACAUCACGUUCAAAACUCAUGCCUUGAAACUGCUUUCACCUGUGACUGUUCAUUUUAAAAAGCCUCUAAAACCAAAAGAAAAAGUGAAGCUGGAAAUCAUGUUAAAACACAUAGCCGCUGGCAUUGAAUGCAAUCCAUCUGUAGAUCAGACUGAUGUUUUUAUCUUUACAUAUAGUCUCAUAGAAGAUGGAAUUAGCACUGAAAAUUGCAAAGGUGGAGUUUCUGCUACGGUGGAUGGAAGUAAUCAUAAUGAAGAGAAGGUAACUACCUCUAGGUUGUUACUCUAUGAUGACUCGAAAUGUUCACCUCUCAUUACAGUUUUUGCUCUCAGAAUUCUACAUGAUCACAUGAAAAAUGCAAAGCUUCACAAGAAAGAUGAAAAACUCUUGUCAAUGCUUGAUCCGUUUGUACGAUUAUUAGGCGACUGCUUGAGCUCUAAGUAUGAAGAUGUCAUAGCUGCUGCUCUUAGGUGUCUUUCGCAGCUGAUUCACUUGCCUUUGCCAUCUAUUGAAUCACAAGCAGAUAACAUAAAAUCUUCGCUCUUGGUUAUUGCUCAGGGAUCAGCUGAUGCAAACAGUCCUAUUAUGCAAUCUUGCAUAAGGUUGUUGACGGUACUUUUGAGAAGCACUAGUGUUACUCUUUCCUCGGAUCAUUUGCAUAUGUUGAUCCAGUUUCCAGUAUUUGUUGAACUUGAAAGAAAUCCAUCAGUUCUUGCCCUUUCACUAUUGAAGUCAAUAAUCAGCCGGAAGCUAGUAGUUCCAGAGAUAUAUAAAUUGGUUACUCAUGUUGCAGAAUUGAUAGUGACUAGCCAAGUGGAACCUAUUCGCAAGAAAAGUAGUCAAGUUCUUUUGCAAUUUUUACUUGACUAUAAAUUCUCGGAGAAAGGCUAUGAAGAGCAACUUUUUUUCUUGCUUAAAUAUUUAAGCUAUGAACAUUCCACUGGGAGGGAAGCGGCACUUGAGAUGCUUCAUGCUAUAAUAGUUAAGCUUCCAACACGGUUUGUAGAUCAGCAUUCCCGGAUUUUUCUUCUUUUUUUAGUGAAGUCUCUGGCAAAUGAUGAUGACAAAAAAGUUCGUUCCAUGGCUGGUGCUGCUAUAAAGCUUCUGAUUAACCGCGUGAGCUCACAUUGUCGUGAAUCGAUUAUUCAAUACUGUCUCACUUGGUAUGUGGGUGGAAAUUUACGUUUAUGGAGUACUGGAGCACAGGUCUUGGGGCUACUGGUGGAAGUUAAGACAGAAAGCUUUCAAAAGCAUUUAAAUUGUGUCUUGCCUGUGAUGAGACAUAUAUUUCAGUCUGCUAAUGAUGCUGUUAAAAACAAGGAGCUUAAUAUUUCUGAUGAGGCAAGAAUCCCUUUCUGGAAAGAGGCAUACUAUUCACUAGUUAUGCUGGAAAAGAUACUAAAUCAGUUUCCUGAGAUGUGCUUAGGAAGGGAUCUUGAGGAUGUAUGGGAGUUAAUAUGCGAGUUUCUUUUACAUCCACACAUGUGGCUGCGCAACAUAUCAAAUCGCCUCAUUGCAUUGUACUUCUCCACAGUCACUGAGGCCUGCCAGGACAAUCACGAAAAGUUAUUCAGAACCUUUUUCUUGAUGAGGCCAUGUCGACUUUUUCAUGUAGCAGUUUCCAUCUGCUGCCAGCUUAGAGCAUCACUUACUGAUGGCAUUGCCAAUGCCAUUAUUGAGCAGAAUCUUAUUUUUUCAAUUUGUGGUUUGCAUGCCUUGUUACAACAAGGUGAAUACGCAAACCUGAAAUAUUGGUCUGAUCUUGAGCAGCACGAGCAAGGCCUUCUUAUUAGAACUUUUCACAUGCUUGAUUCAAGAAAAGGUAGAAGCAUGUUUGCGUCUUUGACAUCUGGUAUUGAUGGAUUCGAUGGCAAUGAAAAAAGUGUGCAGGUUGGUGUAUUGCUUGUAUCUUAUUUGCUGAAAAGAUUAGGAAAGAUUGGACUUCAGAUGGAAGCUAUUCAGAUGAAGAUUGUGUUCAAUACUUUCAGAUCUGUGUCUCCAAAGAUCUUUGAUGCGAAUGAACAUUUAGGGAAAGUUGUGGAGGAAAACAAUCAAAAUUAUGCAUAUCACAUUCUUCUUCCCUUGUACAAGGUUUGUGAGGGAUUUGCCGGAAAAGUUAUCCCAGAGGAUGUAAAGCAACUGGCUCAAGAAGUAUGCGAGAGUAUACAAAGCACUAUGGGGACACAUAAUUUUGUGCAGGUGUAUAGCCAGGUCAGGAAACAGCUCAAGGCAAAGAGGGACAAAAGAAAACAAGAAGAAAAACUUAUGGCAGUGGUUAAUCCAAUGCGGAAUGCCAAAAGGAAGUUGAGAGUGGCAGCCAAACAUCGCGCCAACAAGAAAAGGAAAGUAAUGACUUUAAGGAUGGGAAGGUGGAAGAAGUAAAAACAAGGGAAGGUAAAUGACUUUGGAGAUGGAACUAGGAAGAUGUACUGCACUUGAUACAGUUGUGCAAAUUUUGGUACUAUAUGUAAUAUCCUGAAUUAUUAGUGCAAGAUAUUACUGAUGAUAUGAGGCUUUCACAUGGAUUUAUCAUUGAGUUCCUUUUUCAGUAAUUUUAAAUUUAUAAAUAACUAUGUAAAUUGUUUUUACGAGUUUAAACAAUGGAGGAGCACAUAAGAUUUCUCUUUUGUUA